GAAGAGAAGAAGAAGAAGGAGGGAGAAGAGAGGAAGCGAGGGGGGAGCCGAGGGGGGCACGCAGAGACCCGGAAGGGAGGGGAAGCAAAGAGACGCGCCACGGGAAAGGGCAGGAAGGGCCACGACAGACAAGGGGCAGAAGAAGAAAGGGAGAGAGGCAGGGAAAGGAGGGGGGAGAAAGCCCGGAGGGAGGCAGAAGGCGCGAAAGGAGGAGGGGGAAGGAGGAGGAGGGGCAGGAGGACGCGGGAAAGGGGGCGAAGGAGGGAAGAGCCGCAGGGAAGGAAGAAGAGGGACCAGGGGGGCGCGAGAAAGGGGGAGAAGGAACGGAGGGAGGAGGAGGAGCGCAGGCAAGAGGGAGGGGGGAAACAGCAAGGAAAGAGAGAAAGAGCGGGAGAGGGCAGGGCAGGGGGAAAGACGGAGACGGGGGAAAGAAAAAGCGGGGGAAAGCGAGAAGGAGGAGCGCGACGGGAAGAGCGAGGGGGCGGGAAGGGGGGGGAGAGACACCAGGCAGCCGACAGCGAAAAAGGGGGGGCACAGGGCGAGAGGCAGAGAAGGGGCAGGGGGGAGCAAACGAAAGGGGCCGAAGAAGCGCGGAAGCAGAGAAGGAACCGGGGGGGACGCGAAGGCCCGGACGGCAGGAGCGGGGGAGCACCAGGAGAGAACCAGAAGGGCCAGAAGCGCAACAGAGGGGCGAGGAAAGGGCGAGCAAAAGCGAGGGCGCCCCCGACAAAGGAAGGACGGGAAGAAGGAGGAACAGAGCCGCCGGGAGCGGCGAGAGACAAAGACAGGACAGGGAGGGAAGAAACCAGGAGACGGGGGAAGAGGCGACGGGGGGACGGGGGGGGGAGCCCGCAAGGCCAAGGCCAAACGGGGGAGACAAGGAAGGGCCGAAAGGGGCAAAAGGAGGACAAGAACACGGGGGGGGCACAAAGGGGAGAGGAGCGCGAGAAGAGCCAGAGAGGAGGGGACACGACGCGAGGGACAAGCCAGAAGAGGGGGCCAAGCCAGGCGGCAAAGGGGGAAGAGAGGGAGAACGGGAAGAGGGGGAGCGGCAGGGGGAGACGGGAAGGACAGGGACGCGAAGCAAGCCGGAAGAGGGAACGGAAAAGCCGGAAGAGGAAUAGCAGAAAAGACGAACAGGGGCGACGAAGGGGACCAACACAACGGAAAUAA